AGCUAGACUUUCAUUGCCCUCUCCAAUAUGUCCAAACUACAGUUGCUGAAUGUGUUCGUUACCGAGCGUUUGUCGGCGGCUGCUGUGGAGAUAUUCGGGGCCGUAGAGAAGACUAUAGCGGAGUAUCGGGAAGAAAUCUUCCGUUCAGCAAAGGAGAACGAGCGUCUACGGAGGGAGAUGGACAUGAUUAUCAAAUCAGAGAUACAGUUAUACAGAACAGACUUCCAGCUACUCACUCCCUCUGUGCCCCCUGAGCAGCAGAGCUGUGAGCAGGAGUGGAGCCCCAGUCUGGGGCAGGAGGACCCAGAGCCCACACAGAUCAAAGAGGAACAUCAGGAGUUCAGACUUAGUCAGGAGGACCCACCUCAGCCCUCACAUCAUUACCAAAACCAAACUGUGGAUGAUGGAGAGAGGAGCGCUCUACCUAUCAUCUUAACUGAAGAGAUCAAAAUAGAACCUGAUGUAGAGGGCUACAGAGGACUACAACCAACCAGUGAUCAGCCCCUCUCAGUUCAUCAGGACUGCUCUGCUACACUGGAAAAACCAUAUUGGUGUCAACAAUGUGGCAAAAGCUUUACACGUAAGGGAAACUUGACCUUGCAUUUAAAGAUACACACAGGAGAGAAACCUUUUCUGUGCAAACAAUGUGGAAAAAGGUUUAACCAGAAGAGCAACUUGACCAUCCAUACAAGGACACACACAGGAGAGAAUCCCUAUCAGUGCAAACAAUGUGGCAAAAGAUUUAACCAUAAGAGCAACUUGACCAGCCAUGCAAGGAUACAUACAGGAGAGAAUCCGUAUCAAUGGAAAGCUAUUUAAGACUUCAUCAGUGUGUUCACACGGGAGAAAUCUAACCAGUGCAAAUAAUGUGGCAAAAGCUUAGGUUAUUUUUUCAUGAAUUUUUUAUUUCACCUUUAUUUAACCAGGUAGGCAAGUUGAGAACAAGUUAUCAUUUACAAUUGCGACCUGGCCAAGAUAAAGCAA